UUGGCGUCACGCAGUCCAGAAAUUACUACUGUGGUCAACGGUGAGCCAAAAAAAAAAGGAUCGCUUUAUAAUUAGGGAAGUUGAAAGCUCGAGCGAUAUCGGGGGCGAAAGAAAUUUUCACAUCUCUGAAAGGAAAGACCAGCUCGUUUCGAUAAUUUUUUUUUCACAUCGAUCGCGAGCCCAAGUGCGUUCCGAUUGUUCGUUCCAUUCGUUUACCAAAAAUCGGUGGAGUAUACGCGCGACGACGGCGUAUAUUCUUUUUUUUUGUUUAAUUCUCAUAUUUUCUUCGACACGCGUAACGAAGGAACCGGAAAUAUAAGGAAAAAUAUCAACGGAAUUAUGAGGGACGCAACGAAGAUGAGUAUCUUGGUACUGCUGCCGAUUCUGGGACUCAUAAUGGCGCCGAGUGUCGACGCUCUGACAACAUUUGGAAAAACAAAUCCACAGAAUCAAAAUCAAAAUCCACCACCUCAGCCCACGCCAGUCGGAAAAUCCCGUACCUGCAAGUUGGAAUCGGAUUGCGGAGCGAUUCAAAAUACAACUUGUAUAGCCGAUCCUAGAGACGGAAAAACGCGAUGUCUUUGCGGAGAUUAUUCGGCGCCGGUAAACGGUGCCUGUACCAAUAAAUUCAAGGCAAUCAGAUCUCCGUGCAACGAAGAUUCCGAGUGCAGCGAAGGCGCUCAUUGCGUUCAAGGAAACAAUACGAUGUCCGGAAAGCGUUGCUAUUGCCAGGAUGGUUACGUUGAAGAGAACCUCGCUUGUAGUGUUAUAUUUUAGGGAGUUCACCGUUGCUGAGAAUUUCCUUGGCGCUUCUAAUACUGACGGUGGCGACUUCGGGGAAAUUCAUUCUGCAAUAAAUUCUGCAAGCGUAUAAAAUAAAUCGAAAACUUGGAAUAGCAUAGAAAUCGCACUAAAAUCAGUCAGAAAUAUCGAUCGACGCAAAAACCUAUCGGCUAUUAUAGAAAUCAAUCAUGAUUAGCAGUUAAAUGAAUGGCACUUCUGAUACAGAACGGUCAAUCAGUAUGAACAAUGGCCAUUGAGAAAACCUCGACAUUUCUGACCGAGUUUCGUCGGCGUUCGAAAAUAUUUAUAUCAUUUUUUACUUGGUUAUCAUUCGACCCGCGUACUCAAAAUUAUAGUAGCACAGAUCUGAUAUUCUACUAAAAUUCUAUCCAUCUGUCAGAUAAUUAUUAAAAAAAACUUAUACAUAGAUAUAUAUUCUACUAACAAUAAAUGAACCAAGAACAAUGGCGCGAUCGGCAUGUAAUCGUCCCUACUUUACGAACCUGAUUGAUGUAUAAACGUUAAAGUUAUUCCUUUAUGUCAUGAUAUAAUAGUAUAGUGGAGAUUAAUUAUUACCAAAUAUUUACACGUUGAAUUUAAAAAAAUUAUUCAUGGUUUGAGAUUUGCAAAGCUUCAAUCCUAUAUAAAUAUAAUGCCUCUAUCUAGACCUAGAUUUCAAACGGCAUGAUUCGCGCAGUGAGUUCGUGUGAAUUUGAACAACUCUCAAUAUUAUAAUUAUACGAAAAGCUAUCUAUGUUACCAUAAUACGAUUUGUAUCGGCCGAUGAAUCUAUACUGUAUAAUAAGUAAAGAUAUACAGUGUGCGUUUGGGGGAAAGUAUUUUGAAUUACAAAUAAAAAUAACAUAUAAUUAUUAUAAAACCAAAAAGUGUGCCUUUGCGUUUGAAAUUUGAGUGGAAAUGGCGAAAUGCAUAAGUGUGCCUACAUAUUAUAAACAUUCUCACUGUAGCCUUAUAAUUAAUGCGUCUUUAAGUCUAAUUAUCAUUGACUUUAUUGACCUGAAACACGCGGAUAUUUGUAAUACCAUAUACCUAUUAGUUACUUAGGUAUGUGAGCGGCUAUUCUGCCACAUACACCAAGAAUGCCUUAUACAAGUUACGGUUACCGAAAAAAUGGCUGCACUAGUCAAAUACAAAAUACUACUUUACUAAUAUUAAAUUAUACAUGUAUUGUAUCUAUGUAAAUCAUAUUACAUUAUACUAUGUAUAGGUUUAGCAUAUUUUGUAAAGUUUGUAUGUGUAUAACAAUAGUUACCUUAUGCAAAACACCGUUUGAAUUCCUUGAUUGAUGAUCGUUUUGAAAGAUUCAGAUUUUACUGCACAAUAAAAACUACGAACAGAAACAAUAA